AUGGCGGCUCAGGAGCUAGUGGCCUGCCUCUGCCAGGAGGGAGACAAGCGCCUGGCUCUCGGGGAGCCGCCCUCAGCCACUGCCUUCUACCUGGCCGCCUUCAGCUGCCACGCCCCUUCCGCCACGCGGCAUGUGCGGGCUGUCCUGGCUGAGGCUCCAGGGGCACCGGUGGUGGCCACCCUGGAGGCCUGGUGUCGUGGGGACAGCCAGAUCCCUGCUAUCCACUGGGAUGGCAUGGCGGUGGUCUCCCUGACCGGGCCACUGGCCUCCGCCUUCCUCGGCGCCAUUUGCCCGGACCACCCUGCCGCUGUGCUGUACCGUUUGGCUGGGCUGCUGGCCCACGGGCGCCACGCGGAAGUAGUACAGCGCUGCGGCACCCUGUUGGACGCACACUCCAAGCAGGCCCUGGAGCUGCAGCUGACGCGUGCCCUGGCCUUGGUCCUGUCUGUGGAGCAGGCCGGCGAGGGCACAGCUGCAUAUCUUGAGAGUUUUGCCUCCAGCGCAGACCGAACGGUGGCCUUCAUCCGCAGCCACCAGCAGCCCUACCUCCCCAUGCUGCUCAGCACCCUCCAGGACUACCUGGAGGGACACCUGAAGACAAUAGGUAGUGCCAGCCAGCAAGAGACCAACUGCCGAGCGCUCCUGGAGGCCCUGGACCCCAGGGGCAGCUGGAUGGGUGCCAUGUCGCCCGAAGCUCUGUUUCACAGAGGCAGGUUUGAGGAUUGCCUGGCCGCCUGCAGCAGGGACCUUCAGCCUGACUCCACGGGGAGUGGACCCCAAGGUGAGCAGCUGGCGGCCCUGCUGGUCACCCGCGCGGCCGCCACCUUCCUCCUGGAUGGCCCAGCCGGGGACGCGCUGCUGGACCUGCAGGAGGCCUUCGGCGAGAGUGCCGCCGGCGCGCGGCGGCAGUUCCAGGCCCUGCUGUCCGCCGAGGAGCGCGGCCGCGUGCUGGCGCGGGCGCAGGAGGCCGCGGACGUGGGCUUCGCCCGCUUUCUGGAGGCCGUGCGUGGCCGCCCGGAGCUGCGCGCGGAUGCGGACCGCGAGCUCCUGGUUCCCGUGACCCACGCGCUCCGGUUCCUGCUGCGCGCGGCGCCCGCCCGCGGGCGAGCCGCGCUGGGAGCCCGCCUGGCGGAGUGCCUGCUGCUGGCCGGGGACGUGGAGGGGGCUCGCGCGCAGUGCGAGCGCCUCCUCCGGCCCAGGCGCCCCAGGGAGCCGUCUGGGGACCUCGCGGGGGACCGCGCGCCGCUGCUGGCACUGCGCGGCUUCUGCGCGCUGCACGCGGGCGACGCCCGGCGCGCGCGCGCGGACUUCCAGGCGGUGGUGGAGCGCGGGUCGCCGCACACCGUGGGCUGCGUGCGCGCGCUGUGCGGCCGGGGGCUGCUGCGGGCGCUGGCGGGCAGCGGCUUCCUGGGAGCACUGGACUAUGUCACCGCCUGCCGGCUGCGGCCCGAGGAGGCGCUGCUGGUCGCCAAAGCCUACGUGCCCUGGAACCAGCGCGGGCUGCUGCUGACCGUGCUGCGGGAGGAGGGCCGGAGGAUGCUGCUGCGCUCGCCGGGCUGCGGGAGGAAGGCUGCGCAGGGGGCGCGCCCUGCUCCACGGGCGCAGGAAGGUGAUGCCUAUGGUGUGUACCACCUGGCCACGCUGCUCAUGGAGCUGGACUCGGAGGAUGAGACCUCCUGCCUCUUGGCAGCUGACGCCCUGUACCGGCUGGGCCGCUUGGAUGACGCUCACAAGUCCCUGCUUGUGGCCCUGUCCCGGAGGCCCCAGGCAGCCCCUGUCCUGGUGCGUCUGGCCCUGCUUCAGCUGCGGAGGGGCUUCUGCUGUGAUGCCACCCAGCUAGUAAAGAAGGUGGCUCAGUCUGGAGACACCGCCUGUCUCCAGCACACCCUGGACAUCUUCCGUCAUGAGGACCUGCAGCUGCUGCGAGACCACUGCCACACACGGGCACUGAGCAUACUGCGGGCAUGGCCAGGCGGGCCUGGCAGCGAGAUCCACACCAGGGAAGCAGUCGCCUACCUCUCUUUGGCCAUCUUUGCUGCAGGGAGUGAGGCCAGUGAGUCCCUCCUCGUCCGAGCCCGCUGUUAUGGGCUCCUGGGCCAAAAGAAGACCGCCAUGUUUGACUUUAAUUCCAUGCUUCGGGGGCAACCAAGGAAUGUGCAGGCCCUGUGUGGACGUGCCCUCGUGCAUCUGGCCCUGGACCAGCUGCAGGAAGCUGUGGAUGACAUGGUCUCUGCCCUGAAGCUCGACCCAGGCACUGUGAUCCCUGAGAUCCAGUCCCUGAAGCCAAAAGUUCAGCUGACCCUUACCCAGGGUCUCCAUAGCCACUGCCGGGUCCUCCUGAGUCAGUUGCUGGACGCUGGCGUGCCCCUGAGGGAAGAGGACACCCAGGGCCUCCUCGCUAUGGCAGAGGCACUGGUUAGAAUCAGUGCUGCACAGCCUAGUUGGCAUCUGUUUCUCACAGACAUCCUCACAGGGCUGGGCAAGUAUCAGGAGGCUGGCACCCACGUGCAAGAGGUGCUACACCUCGCCCCAUCAUCAGAGGCUGCCCAGGCCCGGCGAGGCCUGCUCCAGCUGAAAAAGGGUGACAUGUCAGCGGCUGCCCGUGACUUGCAGCGCCUGGCAGAGAAAGACACUCGGGACCUCAGUUUCCUCCUGCGGCUCCUUGAAUCCCCAGAGCAGCAGAGUCUCACAAAGGCCGCUGCCAAGGAAGCAAGGAACCUCUUGGAUUCAGGACAUCCGGGGCGGGCACUGGGCUACUGUUCUUUGGCCGUCCUGGCUGGUGGCAGCCGUCCUGAUCACCUGCGUCUCCGAAUGACCUGCUUGAUGGAGCUGCAAGACUAUGACCGGGCGCUCAGGGACCUGGACAGCGUGCUGCAGCAGGGUGAAGGGGACAGUGACCCGCCAAGGCGGACAGAAGAUCUCUGCUCCCGGGGUCGCCUGCUGCUGAGCAUGGGGGAUAAGGAUGGCGCUGCAGGAGCCUUCUCUCAGGCCUUGGCCCUGACACCGGCCCAGGCUCAGAGCAGCCUGGCAGAGCAACCGGGCAGAGCCACCACGGCCGGGGUGCUCCUGAUCCGUGGGCAGCGCUGCCUAGAGGAACGGCGCUACGACGAGGCCUGGACAGCCAUCCAGAAUGGCCUCCUGGUGGACCCCAGCCACAGUGGACUAAGGAAGCUGAAGACGAGGGCUCAAAAGGAAGUGUCAUCUGGCUGCAGACUGCACUGA